AUGGCGGAAGAUGGAUUGCUUCAGAUGGAGGGGAUUAUAUAUGAGUAUUCUAGUCUUUAUAGUGGUAUAGUAAGUGCGAUAACAUCGCAGCUAAUGAUAGAUGCUAAUAUUCACAAUAUAGAGAUAAAAUAUAUAGUUAGUGAUAGAUGUCCCCCUGUUAGUAUCCACAAUGAUGUAGGUGUGCGGGUUUUUUUAGAUCAAAAGAAAGCUAAUGUAGAUUUCUUUACGAAAUAUCCAUUGUGCAUAACUUUGAAGAAUAUAGCAAUAGAUAAUCAGGAUUCUGUAGUUGUUGUGGAUAGGAGACAUUCUGAUGUUAGUAGAACACUAACUAACUUUGAUUUAUACUCCAGCAAUUCCAUCCGCUUGAUAGGAGUGAAUUUAGAUGGAGUUGUCGAUGAAAAUACUGAUGAAGGAAAUGGAGUAAUCAGUGACCUUUCUAAUUUAUUUAUAGCUGAAAAUCAGAUUUACAAUGAUAAAGAAACACUUAUGGAGGUUAUGCGACAUUAUGGAGUUGUGGAAAAAUUCAGAUUUCUUGUGACUCGUUCUAGUUCAUCUUGUUAUUACCUGAAGUGUCCUGCUGAUAAUUGUUCCUGGAUGAUGAACUCAUCAUAUUUGAAUCAAUCAAAGCUAUUUAAAAUUAGAAAGUACUGUGCAGAACACACUUGUUCCGUUAGAGAUAGAGUGUAUGCAAGGCGUCAGGGAAUAAAUGACGUUGUAGCUGUUUUAAUAAUGGAUAAAUUUAUUGAUCCAUCGACUAUAUACACUCCAAAAGAUAUAGCGGAAGACGUUUUGAAAGUGCAUGAUGUUGCGCUAACAUACAUGCAGGCCUGGAGAGCUAAAGAAAAGGCGAUAAAAUUGGUGCGUGGAGAUCCAGCCGAAUCAUAUGCCAAACUUUCAGGUUAUCUAUACAUAUUGGAGCAGACAUAUCCUGGUUCGAUUUUAAAAUUAGAAAGGACGGAAUGUGAUAAAUUCUUAUAUGCAUUUGUUGCAUUAGAAGCAUGUAUUAGAGGUUGGGAGUAUUGUAGGCCAAUUGUAAUUGUUGAUGGGGCAGCUUUGAGAGGCUCAUAUGGUGGUACAAUGUUGACUGCAAGCACUAUGGAUCCAGGAGGUCACAUACUUCCACUUGCUUAUGCCAUAGUGGAUUCUAAGAAUGAUGCAUCAUGGACCUGGUUCUUUGAACAGUUUAGGGAAGCAUAUGGAGAAAGGGAAAACAUGUGUUUUAUGUCAGAUAGAAACGAGAGCAUAUGGAAAGGGACUGCCAGAGUAUAUCCUGGAUUGGAACAUUUUGCUUGCAUAUGA